AUGUCUUGCACCAAAACCAUCUCGGUCACCGCCGCCGCCGCCGCACCGGGCUCCGAAUCCCGGCUCGCGCAAAAGUUCGGCGGCCACUACGCCAGCGACUGGAUGUCGCAGCUGCCCUCGUCCUGGACGCCCUACAUCCAGCUGGCGCGCCUGCACCGGCCGCACGGGCUCAUCGUCGUGUCGCUGUCGCACCUGUUCGGGGUGCUCCUCGCCGCGGCGCGUCUGCACGCAUCGCCCGCCGACACGGCGCGCGUGGGCGGCAUCGUCCUGCUCGGCGCGCUGUUCUGCAACAGCGGCGCGCACGCGUGGAACGACCUCGUGGACGCGCCCAUUGACGCACAGGUCGAGCGCACGCGCACGCGGCCGAUCCCGCGCGGCGCCGUGACGCCCGCCGCCGCGCUGCUGUUCGCCGCCUCGCAGGCGGUGCUCGCCGCCGGGUGCCUGCUGCUGCUGCUGCCGGCGGGCGCGCGCGCGCCGGCGGUGCCUACCGUCGCUGCCAUCCUGUACUACCCCUUUGCGAAGCGCCAGAUGUUUGCGCCGCAGCUGGUGCUCGGCGCGUGCAUGGGGCUGGCGGUGCUUGUUGGCGCUGCGGCCAUGGGGAUGCGCGAGGCGUGGAUGGACCCGGCGGCGCGGUGCCUGGCGGCGGCGACGGCGCUCUGGGCCGUCCUGUUCGAUACCAUCUACGCGCACAUGGAUCUCAAGGAUGAUGUGAAGCUCGGGGUGAACAGCCUGGCCGUGUUUGUGCAGGGGUAUGCGCGGCGCGUACUGGCUUUGCUCGGCGUCGGCGUCUCGACGUUGCUGUAUCGCGCGGGCGUGCAUGCCGGCAUGGGGGCGGCGUAUUACGGCAUCUCGGUCGCGGCGUGCUCGGUUUGCAUUGCGGGUAUUGUCGGGCUGCUGGACUUGGAGGAUCGUGCGAGCUGUGGCAAAUUUUGCAUUUUUGGUUUCCGCUUUACCGGUGUUGCCAUCGUUGGUGGGCUGCUUGUCACGUAUCUGACCUCCCUGUAA